ACCUAGCAGUCUGCAACGUUAUAUUUGUAAAGAAUCCUGCGUAAAUAAAAUCAAUUACUAUUGUCACACCUAAACUACGUCGCACUUAAUAAAAUGAAGACUUCAGUAGGAGACUGAUGUGAUUGUUCAACUAUAUUUUUGGAAAUAUUUGUAGUUUAAGUUGGCAUAAAGUAGCAGAACUUUUUGGUUCAUUUAAUCAAAAUGCAAGAGAAGAAUGACUUUGAGUUCAAAUCUAUUAUGAGUACCUGGCGACGUUUGUCCGGUGAGCAAGAAAAGUCGGCUACGCUUGGAAGUAUGUCUGGAGAUUCAUCAAACCACCCAACCAAGAUUGAUGAAGGUGCAGCUUUAUUGGUUCCAGAGAAAAAUGCACCAGUUGUAAUUACAGGAUUGGAAGUAGGUGCUGAGGCUGUGUCUCAGGAAACCCAAACAGUGAUGGAAAAAGAUAAUGAAAAACAAGAAUUUUUAAAUUCCAGUGGGGAUUUUGGUAGAGAUACAUCUAUUGAUAGCAGCAAAGAUAAAAAUGAAGAAGAGCUCAUGGAAGAUGACAAGGCUGUCACCAAACCACCCGAUAAAGAAGACAAAAGUGAGAAGGACAAGGUUGAUAGUGUUUAUAUUGGACCACGGUCAUCUGAAAAGAAUAGAUCUACCUCAUCUGCAGAAGAAGAGGAAGACUGUGGUAUCAAGUGUCUGUAUUAUUGUCUAAUGUGCUGCGACUGUGUGCUUAUGUAAUGUAAACAUUGUUGCAUUUAUUGAUCUCCUAUGGCUGUAGGAUUACUUAUAGUUGCAUACUUUGAAUAGCAACACAUAUUUUCAACUUAUUUUUUCAAUGUUUCGAAUUGUAACUAGAAUGCGACUAAAAUACUCACAUCAAAAUGUCUCAAAUGUUGACUGCUAAAUGUUACUAUUAGUCAUAAAAUUCAGCAACCAUCUGAAAAAAAUAUUAUCACUUUGCUUUGGUAAAACAGUGAAUCUUUAUAUUCCAGUGAUUAGUAAUCAUUUUAUUUACACUUAUUUAAAUAAGUUUCUUAUGAACUUUAUAGUAUUACAUAAAGAUAUUAUAUUAUGAAAGUAUUUUUAAAGUAAUAUUAGAGAUAUACGGUUUUAGGAACAAACAUUUACAAAUCCAAAUAUAUUUUAAUGGUUUAUUCAAAGACUUAAUUGAUCAAUAGAAUGAAAUUCAUAAAUUACACUAACUUGAUUCAGCAAAGAAUGUUAAAGUUUGUUUAUUUUUUGUUUUUCAACAAGGGUAUUAUGAAUUUAAAUAUGUAUUAAAAUUAACUGUGAAAUGUGUAAACUAUUUGCAAGAAUAGACCCAAAUGUGCCAAAUUACAAUUUUUAAUUGUUUUUGUGAAUUGAAAUUGAAUGAGUUAUGAUAUAUAUGUUAGUUGUGUAUAAUUUGUCAUGUCUCAUGAAAUAUAAAAGCUAAGAUAUUAUACUUCAAUAAUUAAGAAAUCUAUAGAAGUGAAGAACUUGUAGAUGUAUAGGUUUUAAUUAAGUAAUAAAAAAUCUCAUUUAUUUAUUGUUUGACUGAGUUUGUAUUCUUGUUAAACAAUAAAACUUUAAGUUUUUGUAAAAUAUUAUAUUUACAAGUACUUAUCAUUGUUAGUAGAAACAUUAGUAAUAAAAUAUAUUCUUUAUAGAAUAUUUCAAAUAUAUUUGUUUCUACAUUUUAUAUAUUGUGCAUCAUAUAGUAUUGUUAUGUCACUAAAGAAUAAUGAUUAUGCUUACAUUGCAAAUGCUUUAAUAACAGAGUUGAAUUUAAAAAAAUCAUUAACUGAUAAUUUUUGUUUCUGUAAGCAACAAAUAUACAUUCCAAGUAAGGGACCUCUAUUUGUGAUACAGGUAACAUAUUAUUGUGUGUUAUAUUAUUAGAUUUAGAUGGCUUACACAAAUUUUGUUGGAUUGGAUGUUUAACUGUGGACAUAUGUGAGGUGCUACUUAUAGUUUUAUACUGGUUCACUAUUUUGAAUAAAAUAACUAUACCUUGUAUUCUUUCUCUAAAAAACAAGCUAAAAUUUUGUUUUGGCUUCUUUGUAAAAAUCUUAACAAGUAAUUUUUUUAUGUAAUGCUUGAGAUGUACUAACCUACUUAUAAAUUAAGUCUUAUCGAUAUUGUAUUUGCACACUUCAUACAAUUGUCAAACCUAUCUAUGUUGCUAUGCUGCUUUUUUUUCUUAAAAUAUUUUGUGCCGGUGCAAAAGUCAACUACUGUUAUGGUUUAUGAUAGUUUUCUUAAAAUAUAGCAAUAAUUAGCUCUAUAUGCCAAACACUAUGUGUCCACAUUGACAUCUGCUUUUUAGUAAGCAUAGUUUUAUUCUAUUUUUUGAAAAUUGUACUUUUUAGUAUUUCAAUAAAAUAUAUUUUAGUAUUA